CUCAACCACUUUAUUAAACUAAUUAACGUCUCUUUCUCUCUCUAUGGAGUCGUGUUACGUCUCUCUAGAUUAAGAUCUUCUCCUGAUUGUUCUCUUCAAGAAAUAAUACUUCUCGCUUAUGGAAGAUGAUCAUUUACGUUGUCACGAUAACAUCAACGACGAGGAACGUUUGCCAUUGGAGUUUAUGACCGGAAAACAAACAUCCACGGCGGAAUUACAGCCGCCGCAACCGCCGCCAUUCUUGGUAAAGACAUACAAGGUGGUUGAGGAUCCGACCACGGAUGAGGUUAUAUCUUGGAACGAAGAUGGGACCGGAUUCAUCGUGUGGCAGCCGGCAGAGUUCGCUAGAGAUCUCUUACCAACACUUUUCAAGCAUUGCAACUUCUCUAGUUUCGUUCGCCAGCUCAAUACUUAUGGGUUUCGGAAAGUGUCGACGACAAGAUGGGAGUUUAGUAAUGAGAUGUUUCGAAAAGGGCAAAGAGAGCUUAUGUGCAAUAUCCGAAGAAGGAAGAGUUAUCCACACUCACACUCACAUAACAAGUCUCAUCAGGUUGUACCAACAACAACAACGGAGAAUCAAGAAGAUCAUCACCUUGAGGAUCAACGCACUUCAUCUUCUUCCUCCCCUUUUGUAUACUCUGCUUUACUCGACGAAAACAAGUGCUUGAAGAAUGAAAAUGAGUUCCUGAAUUCAGAACUAGGCAAGACAAAGAAGAAAUGCAAACAACUUUUGGAGUUGGUGGAAAGAUACAAAGGAGAAGAAAACAAUGAUGACGACGAUGAUAAUGAUGAUCAGGGGCUUAAGUUGUUUGGAGUAAAACUGGAGUGAGAGAGAUCGUUUG